UUCCGCCAACAAUGGUUACCCUCCUCCUCAUCCGCUCGCCUCCAAAGCCAGGAUCGGCAAGAGUCAAUUUCUAUCCGUAUUUCGAAUCUGCUGAAAUCAGCGAUGCAGCAAGGAGAUUACAGCUCCUCUCCCUAUUAUCAAUUCCCCCACGUUCAGAACCCCAAUCCUUAUACUGCCGAUCCAAUCCAGAACGCGUGCGCUUCCGCUCCUCCGUUCACUUCCAGUUAUGCUCCUGAUUUACAACAUACUCCUCCUCUUACCCGCUAAACCCUCAGGAUUCCGAACUCAUCUCUGCCCUGGCACCGGCCACUCCCACUGCUCCGUCAUACUCUCCAAUUUCCACCUUCCGUUCGCAGCCCGUCAGUUCUUCUCCGCAGCACUCCUCUUACCCUCCGUUUGAAUCUCAUCUUUCGUCCGCCCAGCAAUCCUAUCAUCCGCCCUAUGAUCGACAUCAAAUGGUUCCAGAUUAUGGUUACGCCUCCCCUGCUCCUCAAAACCUGAGUCCGAAUUCUUCGUUCUCGUCCUCGCACGCGUCUCCCUACAGUCAACCAGGAUGUUCCACACCUUUCACGUACGAAAUUCCUUAUGAGUAUCCCACAAAACUUGAUCAUGGUGGUGCUUACUUGGAUGAUAGAUAUGGAAGUUUCAAUCAGAGCCGUUCUGGUUUGGGAUCAGAUUUUUACGGGAAUCGACAGGAUAGCGGGAUUUCCAGGUAUGAUCAUGGUCUCGAUGAAGUUUACGGAGAAGGUGUCUGUGCUUAUGAAGGGGGCAAAGUAGAACGCUAUAUAGCUCGCGGCACGGCUCCUAAAUCUACUUGGUCCGGCUUUGAUGAUUUUGGGAGGCCUAUCAGUUUUCCCUCUCCGAAAGAAUCCCGCGUGUCAAACAAGAUUGCCAAAGCAGUGCCGAAGGCUGAUGCCCAAGAAGAUGUAAAAAGCGGAGUGCAAAAAUUUCGGGUAAAGCUGUUGGCAGAAAGUAGUGGUCAAAACACUAUGGAUGUUCUAUUGCAGAUUGGUUUGGAUGGAAUUAGAAUGCUUGAUCCAAGCACCAGCCGAAUCUUGAGAACAUAUCCUCUUGAAAACAUUACAAGAUGCGAGAGAUUUGAUUCGUCUACCUUAGCAUUUUGGUCCAAGAGCUCGGUGGACGUAGAGCCAAAACGAAUUAGACUGCAAUCCAAUAGUUACACUACCAACAGACUUUUGGAUACCGUGACUGCUGCAACCAUACAGUUCAAGGAAAUGGGUGGAAGCAGCAGGCCUGCUGAAGCGUUGAAAACAAAUGAACAGCCUGCAGAAAAGAAGAAAGGUUUCGUUGAUUGGAUGAAUUUGGUCAAACCUCCCAAUGAAGAGAAGGAUUAUUGGGUCCCUGAUGAAGCAGUGUCGAAAUGUACAGCAUGUGGAGCUGAUUUUAAUGCUUUUGUUCGUAAGAACCACUGUAGGAACUGUGGGGAUAUUUUUUGUGACAAAUGUACACAAGGUAGAAUUGCUCUAACUGCAGAUGAGAAUGCUCUGCCAGUACAUGUGUGCGAUCGAUGUAUGGCAGAAGUGACACGCAGGCUUAGUUACACGAAAGAGGUAGCAAGUAGAUCCGUGUUGCCGAGUCAUGAAGAUCUUGCCAGGAAACUGCAGGAGGAGCUGGAGAGGAAUCGGAAGACAUCAGGGUCGAAGACUGACGGAUCUGGAAGGCGGAUGAAAGAAGCUGAAUGUCCUACGUGCACGGUCCAUCUACAGGUUCUGGUCCCUAACACUGGCUCUGAGACAAUCGAGUGUGGGGUUUGCCAGCGCCCCUUUCUCGUGAGUGCUUGCUGAGUUAUACUGACCGUAUCUAUACGUGUCAGUUUAAAAUUCAAUUUACUUUUAUGGAUCAAUCUCUUUCAGAUCAAGAAUAUGAUUGUUUGGACUUUGUAUUACCUCGUGUAUUAUUUUCCUAGUGCUGCAGUGAUUGUCAUGAAUUCUGUUGGUCGUCAAUUUUUGUUUUGAUCCUUGGUGUGUGAAUGUCUAAAAGAUGUCCGUUGCUUUUUUUUUUUUUCCCCCUUUGGGUAUGAAAGAAGAAACAUAUUUCA